AUAUCGCGCAAGUGCAGCGUGACUAGAUUAUUCAAAUUGAUCGUCGUUCCUAUCACUGGCUCUCCUUCCCUCCUCCUUCCUUCUCUUCUCUCUCCUCGGAUGAUCCAACAAACGAAUGCUCGUCAGGUUGGGACAGGUCUUCGUGGAGGGGCCGUGGAUACUUCAGAACUUACAUGGGGUCAGUGGUCUGGGCGAAAGUGAGCGUUUAUUCCUUGCCAUAGUCUGCUUUGCCUCUGAUUUUCGUAGGUUAUACGCCCUCGAGGUCAUUCAGAAUCCGCUAAGAGCUCGAAUGUGUGGUUUUGGUGACAAGGAUCGACGACCGUUAGCACCAGCAGCAGUGGUGAAGAUGGUGGUCAAGCGAGAUGACGAUAGUACUGUUGACGUCGACGACGUGGAUUGCUCCUUUUUCCUUGUAACAGUCGAUCUCUGGUCUGGGGACGGGAAACAAGAGAUGAACCUAGUCUUACAUCCUUCUUCGUCCGAACGAUACGUCCAGCAGACGCCAAAGUCAAGUAGCAGCAGCAGGCGGCGUACAUCCAAAAGUGGACAACCGCCUAACCCUACUCGAACGCCGACACCGACACCGACACCAACGUCCCCCGAGCAGCCGUACCCACCAUACCCGACACCUACUACGAACGACCUCGCAUAUCAGGAGACUACCCCGACAUGGGGCUACCCCAGUACGUCCUUCCCACAACCGCCUCAGCAACCUUCCCAGUCUUUCGGCCGAGAACCAUGGCAAGUCGACCCCGACAACUCCGAAGGGCCUGAAUACCGUCCAUGGACUGCAGAGGCGUACUCCAAUCCUCCACCACCACCGCCACCCAACCCAAAUCCUAAUCCAAGUCCAGGUUCGUAUUGGGAACCGGCUGCUCCCGCCCCUACGUCUCCGUCUGUAGCCAAGGAGAAGCGACCCCCGCCUAUACCGCCUCUGCCCCGACACACAUAUACGCGCACUCUCGUCGGUCCGCUAUCUGCAAAUGCCACUCGCCUUCUGGACGAACACCGCAAGCCAGGGAUAUUCUUCCUCUUCCAGGACCUGUCCGUUCGCACUGAGGGUACAUUUCGCCUGCGUCUGAGGCUGAUGAACGUAGGUGCUCCCCCUGCGCCUGAAGCGGGGGCAUCGGCGGUGCAUACAGACGUGUCGCCUGUGCUGGCGCAGACGUUCACAGAGCCCUUUACGGUGUUUUCGGCAAAGAGGUUCCCUGGUGUUCCGGAUACGACGGCGUUGUCUAUUGCCCUUGGGAAUCAGGGGCAGAAACUUCCUUUGCGGAACCGACAUGGGUCGAAUAAACGACGACGACACGAUUCUGGUUCGGAGGACGACUCGGAUGGGGAGUAGUAGGAUGGGAUGGACAUAUAGAUUUGGUUUAUUCGUUGGUGUUUCCUGCAUCUGUAAGAUUUAUUGAUGUAUUUUUUUUUGUAUAUCGGAAGAAUUUAUGGUA